GAAUAUGAAAAGGGCAAUAAUGUGAACAUAAUGUUUUCUAUCCACUUGGUGUGUGUGUGUGAAGUGUGAGGAAUCUGUUUCUCUUGUCUUGGCAAUGGCUAAUGCAAUUGUAAUGCCGGUGGCGGGUUUUCUGGCCCGACCCAUUACCCAUUUGACGACCCCGUUUCAGUUCCCUACUCACAAUCACUCUUUCCAUUCUGCUCGCUGCUCCGUUUCCUCCACAUCCCAAUCGGUAAUACAAUCCAAUCCCACUCAAUUUAAGACUAAAGCUUUUGCAGUUCCAAGGAGGAAAGCAAUGUCCUUGAUCUUAUCAAGCUACAUUCUUUCCGAGGUUGGUUCAGCAUUGGCUCAACAGUCCACUGUGUUUCGUGAAUAUAUAGACACAUUCGAUGGCUAUUCAUUUAAGUACCCAGGGAAUUGGAUUCAAGUUCGAGGUGCUGGGGCUGACAUAUUUUUCAGGGACCCUUAUGUUCUUGAUGAAAAUCUAUCUGUUGAAAUUUCUUCGCCUUCAUCUUCGCGAUACAAGAGUGUUGAAGACUUGGGUCCACCGCAAGAAGCUGGAGAGAAAGUGCUCAAGCAGUAUCUGACUGAGUUUAUGUCUACAAGACUUGGUGUUAGACGUGAAUCAUAUAUUCUUUCCACUUCUUCGAGAGUAGCUGAUGAUGGCAAGCUCUACUAUCAAGUUGAGGUAAACAUAAAGUCAUAUGCUAAUAACAAUGAGCUUGCUGUUAUGCCUCAAGACCGGGUGGUAUUUCAGGAAUGGAAUCGGAGGUACCUCUCUGUUCUUGGGGUUGAAAACAACCAACUGUAUGAGUUGAGAUUGCAAGCACCAGAAAAUGUGUUUUCAGAGGAGGAAAGUGAUCUUCGUCAAGUAAUGGAUUCCUUUCGAGUGAACAAGAUUGCCAGUUAGAACUAGAAUGUUGGACAUAUGUUGUAAUUUAAUGCUAUUUCUUUUUUUCUUCUUUAUUCUCAUGACCCCUUUCUCUAUUUUUUUCGGCUUAAUUGCAUUUUUCUCUCUCUCUUUUUUAAUUUAAUUAAAUUUUGGCUCUCUAAUUUCAAUUGUAAAAUUGUUGUCCUCAUUUU